AUGCUCUCCUCACCCACUGUGAUUCUCCAGCCUUAUGGACUCCCUGUCUACCCACAGACAACCACAUGCUACCCCAGCCUAGUUCAGGGAGGCCCCACUCAGGAGGCCGGCCCGGGCAGCGGCGACCCCGCCCUGCCUCAGGUCUACGCCCCUCCUCCCUCCUACCCCCCUCCAGGUCAGGGUCCACCAACAUCUGCGAGCAGACUGCCACCUCUGGACUUCACCUCUGCACACCAGAGCUCUGAGUACGCUGAGCACCCCCAGCUCAGAGUGUACCAGGGCCCUCAGCUGGACGGGGUGGAGCCUCUGACCUCCAGUAACACGGAGGAUGUUUUGGCCCCUGUGACCUCUGACCCCCAGUCUCUGAGCGUGUCCGUGUCAUCAGGGGGCGGAGCAGGAAGUGGAAGUGAUGAGGAGGGGUCAGGUAAGGCGCAACCGAAACGCCUCCACGUCUCAAACAUCCCGUUCCGCUUCAGAGACCCGGACCUCCGCCAGAUGUUUGGGCAAUUUGGGAAGAUCCUUGAUGUAGAAAUAAUCUUCAAUGAGAGGGGGUCAAAGGGCUUUGGGUUUGUCACCUUCGAGAGUGCGAGCGAGGCUGACAGAGCGAGAGAAAAGCUGAAUGGAACAAUCGUGGAGGGGAGAAAGAUCGAGGUUAAUAAUGCCACUGCAAGAGUAGUUACCAAGAAGCCCCAGACGCCUCUUGUAAAUGGUGAAAUUUCACCUUCUGGAUGGAAGAUCAACCCUGUCAUGGGGGCGAUGUACGCACCUGAACUCUAUACAGUUGCCAGUUUCCCGUAUCCCGUAGCAACCCCCACCUUGGCCUACAGGGGCUCUGCGCUGCGUGGCAGAGGCCGAGCCGUUUACAACACGAUUCGUUCUGCUGCAGCCACACCUGCUGCUGUGCCCGCCUACCCCGGGGUGGUUUAUCAGGAUGGACUGUACGGAGCAGAAGUUUAUGGUGGCUAUCCUGCAGCUUACAGAGUGGCUCAAUCAGCAUCUGCAGCCACAGCAGCAGCCUACAGUGACGGAUACGGACGCGUCUACGCCACAGCUGCGGAUCCCUAUCACCACUCAGUUGGACCAACAACGACAUAUGGAGUUGGUACAAUGGCCAGUUUGUACAGAGGAGGAUAUAACCGUUUCACCCCGUACUGAGCCGAGUCGCCCCCCCGGGACGGGAAAACGUCUCUUCAGAGCUCUGGGUUUGGCUGAUCCGUGGACGCUGCAGGACAGAGUGUGAGAUCCUUGGAAAUGUGGAAAUGUUUUGACUUCCUGCCUCCAUCACAACCUCUCCUCGAGAGACUAAACAGACUGAAGUUGUAAAUAGUUUAGGACCCAUUUACUGUCCGGUCUCUUGAUGAAUACUUAGCACCUGGAAGAGGAUGUUAUGUAAUAUAUACAAAGUUGCUUAAAACCUUUAAAAUAUUAUUGUUUUCUGAAUUUAAAGAGUAAUGAUGUAACAUAAUGUACGGAAGCCGAGAACGGCCGUGCUUGCAAUCAUAAUUUUUUUAAUGCUGCAAACUCCAGAUCACAACUUAAUUAUUUAUCUUGAGAAAACAAGAAAACAAGAAAACGAG